AGUGCCUAUGCUGUCCAAUAUAACAAGGGAAACAAAGAGAGAAACACAAACAAGACAGCCAUGAGAGGACGAGAAACCAAAGGAGUACCUUCAGCAGAUUUGCUAGUAUGUCUACCGUCUCGAGCCCGUUUAACAUUGGUGCGGAAGCCAAUUUGUAGCCCCACGAGACCAUCGGAAUCCAACAAGCACCACCGCAAUCACCAACAUCACCUCCAUUACCACCGCCGUCUCCUCAAGAAAUCAAGCACCAGAAAGGGUAGUGGAGCUGGGAGCCACUCCAGCCCUUUGCUUUGGGCUAGAGACAAGCAAAUAGGACCCGACAGUACCGAACCAACCUCCCCAAAAGUCACCUGUUCAGGGCAGAUCAAAGUCGGUUCUAAAACAAGUUCAUGCAAAACCUGGCAAUCAGUCAUGGAAGAGAUUGAGAAAAUUCACAACAGCAGGCAUCGUAAAAGGAGGCCAAGUUGGGUGGAGUCCUUUGGUUUCAAGAAAGAAGUCGUGCAAUUCUUAACGUGUUUGCGGGGCAUUCGUUUCGAUUUUCGAUGCUUCGGCUCUUUUCCCCGAUCCGACAUCACUUCUGAUGACGAAGAUGAAGAUGAAGAAUACCAAGAAAAUCGCGACCAUGAAGAUGAGGACGAGACCUCAGGAGCCAUAUUUUCCAAAUGGCUCAUGGUGCUGCAAGAGAAUCACGACAACGGGGUUUAUAGAGAAGAAGAGACGAGGGUCCACGAUCCUGUUGUUGAUGAUGAUGAAGCUGCAAUUCCACCUCCGAAUGCACUCUUGCUUAUGCGUUCUAGGUCUGCUCCUGCUAUUGCUAAGGCCAGGCAAGAAGAGAAUGAGGAAGAUGAGAACAAAACAAACAAGUUGGAUCCAUUAAUGGAAGAAAAAAGAGAGCUUGGUGGUGACGGGAUACGAGUACGACUGUGAUUUCUACAAAAUUUCAACUGAAAUUG